AUGAAUCAACAACAACUACUUCCAAUACCAAUAAGUUUAAAGAUAUUAGAUUAUUUGAUUAGAUGUAUUGCUGAAAGAAUAGGAAUAGAUGAGAAUUGUGAUAAUCUGUCACAGCAGACACGAGAGUAUAGGUUGGCAUCAAAUGCCUGGUUGGGACUGGUGUUGGUGUGUCGCGACUGGUUAGAGUUUGUGCAGAGACAUGAUAGGAUAUCGUUUCGCAAGAUGGCAUGGACCGACGUUGUCGAUGUGGUAUGGCACGUCAAGCAGAAUCGGUUGCAAGCAGACUAUGCUGAAAUGCAAGCAAAGUUUCUAUUGUCGAGAAGACACUUGGUCUAUGUCAACCCAUUUGAUUGUAUCAGAAAGAUUGUCAUCACCAUGCCACACUCUCAAGUCUUUCUUUCGACACGUGCCAAUGAACCUCAGCUCGUCGAGCAGUACUCGAUCAUCAAAAACAUCAAAUCAUUCUUUCCAAAACUCCAAUCCUUUACCGUCCAAUACUUUAUGAAUGUUAGUCAAUAUGAAACAACCGAUCCAAACGACUACAAAGAUAGGGAGGUCUUGGUCAAGUCUGCGACUAGAGACCCGAGUCUGCUCGACGACUAUAACCAAUUCCUCUAUCAACAAUUACAACUAUUUAUCGAUUCUUUGCCGUCCUCUGAUGGUAGUAUUGACGUUCACUUACAAUUGUAUGGUAAUACAAGUUUAAAUGUAUUGUCAUAUAUUGAUCAAACUAAAAUCACUCGUCUGACAAUUAAUUGUACUCUGAUUGGUAAAGAUUUGGAUUUGGUUGGGUUGUUGGCCAAUGUUCCAAAGACUGCGUUACAAUCGAUUAGGGUGCAGGAUAACCUACACACCAAUGUCAUUCAUAGUAUGCAACCUACCAUGAUAUCAUUUGCACCAAAGGUUGGAACGGAUUAUUUGGUUGCGGCAUUAUCACAUCCAUCUCUUGCCCAUAUCACCGCCUUGUCGUUACGGUCUGUUGUUCCAUGGGAUACAGUUGGCACCAUUUUCAUCCAACUAUCAAAUAUCCAACACUUGGAAAUGUCAUUGUCUUUUUUAAACGAGUCUGAUCAUACACUACUGUAUGCUCGUCAAUUUGGAGAAUUGGACAAUUUAAACGAGGUUGUUGGUAAUGCAUUUAAACCGAUUCAAUUCAAUACAACACUGAGUGACCUCAAAAUAUCAAUAUAUCCAGUUUCACAAUCAAGAGAUGAAAAACAUCAAUCCAACCUCUACGACAAUACACCCAAUGUACGAUUGGCAAUGCGAUCAAUCUAUUCAAAUAUUUCAAAGAACAAGUCUAUCAAAAGACUUUUAUUUUCCGGUAUGAUUAUAGACAGUGAAAAGGAUGGUAUUAUAUCGAUUCUAGACAACUCUCAACGGUUGGAAUCAUUAUCAAUUGCAAAUAUUCAAUCUUCACCGGAAUUGGUAUUACUUUCUUCGUUGAUUGUUGAACGACGUUCCAAUCUAUUGUUGCGUCAUCUAUGUAUCAAUUGUACUUUUCAAACUGAUGUUGUCCAACCAAUUCAAGAUAUCAUUCGAUAUGCACCAAGAUUAUUGCAAACUUUGGUGAUUGUCACCAAAGACUAUUUUACUAGUUAUGAAGAGUAUCAGGCGCAACAGGCUCAAUUGUCAAUGUUGGCCAUUCAAAAUAAUAUUCAAUUAAAAUGUGUAGCCAAACACAAAACCCAUAAAGUAUUUACUCCUUUACCUGCCACUUGGGAAAUUGCUAGUACUAAAUUAAUUAAAAAUAAUAUUAAUAAAUUUUGGUAA